UUGACCGAAAACUCGGUGUCGCCUGUUUCUCCCCGUGCAAGCACGCGGUGCAACUGAUGGCGCGUUGAUCUUGAAUAAUCUGUCACGGGCUCGCGCCUCGGGCCCUCAACAACCUCCGAGCUUACGCGGCAUGCGGCGUCUUGCCGUCACUCACCCCGACGCCCGCCCUGUGUGUCCGACAAUCAGGAGUCCCGGGGGAGUGCCCCCACCAAGGCCAGGCACCUGCCCCCCUCUCCUAUUUCUGAGCGGUUGCAAAGGGCUGCAGCCAAUCGAAUCGUGUGGCUCUCUCUUAGCGCAAGCUCCUGAGUGCGUGCCACCAUCUGUCCUCGUCUAGUAAGGAGCCACGGUGACCCGCGUACCCGAACCGGUCCCCCCCCUGCCUGCGACGCGAUAACCGGGCGCAGAUUCGUCGUUCGUUCCCGCCUCGUUCGGUGCACUUUUGGCCUGCGCUAUGUAUGGUAUGCAUCUGAUGCGCCGCAGCUCGGACGGGCUACUUGGAUUCAUGGAAGAAGCGCGAGCCCAAGGAUGAUGAUGAUGACACACCACCCCACACCACACUACCCUUCGGAUGCCGAUGCCACACGAAAAUUUUGGAAUUGCUGUCAAAAUCUCAGCUUUCCCGAUCGGGCGAUGCAGACUGGAGAAAUGAGAGCGUAUAAGUAUGACCCGGCCAGGUCCUCGCCUGCUCUCCGGCCGCGCUCGUCUCCUCCCACCCAAGUACCCCUCCGCCCCUCCACGCACCGACCGCCCCACCUGUCCUUACCGCAAGAUGACCGUGCAGAACACUGUUGGGCCCAUGGUGCUGGGUGCGCUCUUCGCUUCGAUGUUGAGCGGAUUCGUGCACCUGACGGCGUUCUUCUACUACCGGACCUACCGCGAGGACCCCAUCCACUUCAAGGCGCUCGUCGGAAUCGUAUGGCUCUUGGACACUCUGCACACUGCGUUCAUCUGGGAAGGGAUAUGGAACUACGUGAUACCCCAGAUCGGGAACGAGAAUCUCCGCCUGGACCACAUUCCCGGUGGUGUGCCGAUAUCUGUGCUUCUGACGGCGCUGGUCACCUUCUUCGUUCACAAUUUCUUCGCACACCGCAUCUAUCUUCUGAGCAAAAGGAACUGGAUGUUGGCGACACCCGUUGUCGUUCUUGCAGUCCUGCGACUCGCCUCCGCGUCCGUCUCGACUUGGGAAAUGUUCCACUAUCAGAGCUUCGAAGGGUUCAAGAUCCAUGCCAACUGGAUAUUCACGAUGGGUCUCUCGGUCUCGUCUGCGGUGGAUGUGUACAUCACAGGCGCUCUGUUUUAUCUGUUCCAGUCUAACCGUUCGGAAACCUCGCCCUUCAACCAUGUCAUCGACCAGCUGAUUCUGUACGCUUUCGAGGCGGGGAGCCUGACGACCAUUGGGACCAUCGUCACCAUGCUCUGUUGGGUGACCAUGUCGACCAACCUCAUUUUCCUCGGAAUUCACUUUGUCAUCGGCAAACGCACGUCCCUCUACGCCAACUCGCUCCUGAUUACUCUCAACACACGCGAGAACAUCCGCCGCGCGCGCGCAAACACGUCGUCCGGCGACCGGGAGCGGGGCCAGGUGCUGUUCCUCGAGUCCCGCACGAACGGCGGGCCGACCACGCCGCACCUGAGGACAACGACGAUACCUUACUUUACUCGGUCGAAGACCGGCCCCAACUCGCCCGCAGAAAUGCAGAUCAACGUCCAGACGAGUGUGCAAUUCGAUGGCGACGGGACGUCCUCCCUGGAUGCCAAGUAACCCAUUUAUUUUGUUUAUUGUUGUAUUUCUGCGGUACAUUAGACCAUCUAUUCUUCCUUUGGGGUACUUACAUUACAAUACAUACGGGGUGCGUGCGGGGAACAUCUGCUUGCUCUCGGGAGCAAUCGCGUUCAUGGAGUUGUAGAGCAGCAUUUG